CUAGCUGGCGCGCUGCCGACGAAAUAUCUCUGUUGCGGUAAUUUAAUUUGUCUUAUCUUAAAACCAAUGACAUAUUUUUGUUUUUAGCUCAGCUUAUCUAUUUAUCAGUAGUUCGACUAUUUAUUAGUUAAGAGUUACGUUUUCAAUAUCAUUAAUACCUGGUGAAGUGAGGUUAGGAACUCCCUCUGCCUAUCUUAUAGGAAAAGUAAAGGAAGUGUUAAAUAUUAUCAUAUAAUAAUGUCAGUGACAAUAAAUAACAACGUGGUAUUUGGGCCUGAAGAGGAACCGAUUCCGGCUCACCUUUCUUUUGGGCAGUUCCUAUUCGACCGGUUGAAGAAGGGCGGCGACCAAGUUGCUCUGAUAAGCGCGGAUACCGGGGAGUCUAUGACGUGCAACCAAAUCCUUCAAAGCAGUGUGAACUUAGCAGUGGCACUACAGAGGCUAGGUUUGAAGAAGAAUGAUGUGGUGGCCCUCAGUAGUGAGAACCGGUUUGAGUUCACCGUUACAGCUCUAGCCAUUAUGUACUCUGGAGGGGUGCUCUCUACACUCAAUGUCACAUACUCUCCAGGAGAGAUCAGCCAUGUAUUUAACAUUACAAAACCUAAGUUCAUAUUUACGUCACCAAUCACUGCUCAAAACAUCCACGAUUGCAGUAAAGAUCUGCCUUAUGUACAAAAAAUCAUAGUAUUUGGAGAAUUUGACAUUAUACCUGGACUUAUGUACAAUGACUUGGUGAAAGAAAAUGUGAAUGUCAAUGAUUUUGAGGUUGUUGAUGUAAAUGGGAUGAAUGAUACGGUUGCCAUCAUGUGUUCUUCGGGCACCACAGGUCUGCCCAAGGGAGUUGAGCUAACUCAUGUCAAUUUCCUGACUUUAUGUGCACAUAUGAAAUACUACCUUGAGACUUCGAUGGCGAAACGGAAACACGAAGUUAAGACAGCUAUGGCUUUGAUCCCUUGGUUCCAUGCAUAUGGGUUUAUCACCUCAUUUGCUCUGUUAUCAAAACCCGUGAAAAUUGUAUUUCUUGUACGCUUUGAGGAGCAACAGUUUUUGGAGACAAUACAAAAAUAUAAGGUAAACAUGACAACUUUAGUGCCACCAUUAGCUGUGUUCUUAGCUAAGCACCCUCUUGUGACCAAGUAUGACUUGACAUCGCUUAACGAGGUCUGGUGUGGAGCAGCCCCGCUCUCUAUGGAAAUACAACAUGCAGUUGCUAAAAGGACUGGCAUACAAAGUAUCAGGCAGGGUUACGGUCUUACAGAAGUGACAAUGGCUUGUUGCGUAGAUCUAACUGAUAAAGGAAAAGAGGGAUCAUGUGGGACGCCUGCGCCUGGCAUGCAAAUAAAGGUCAUCGAUAUUGAAAGUGGGAAGAGAUUAGGGCCCAGAAAAGAAGGCGAAUUGUGGAUCAAGUCGCCGCUUAGAAUGAAGGGUUACCUCGGCGACAAAGCGUCGAGUGAUGCCCUGAUAGACGCAGAGGGGUACGUCAGAACAGGAGACAUAGGAUACUACGAUGAGGAAGGCUUCUUCUAUAUUGUGGAUCGGCUGAAAGAACUAAUAAAGUACAAAGGUUUUCAGGUGGCUCCAGCGGAAUUGGAAGCGUUGUUACUGCAGCAUAAGGGUGUAGCGGAUUGUGGCGUGGUGGGGCUGCCGGACGAAACGGCGGGCGAGCUGCCACUGGCCUUCGUGGUGCCACAACCCGGCCACAAACCCAGCGAGGACGAACUCGUCAAGUACGUCGCUUCUAAGGUAUCACCUGCGAAACAUUUGCGUGGAGGAGUAAUCUUCAUAAAUGAAAUACCCAAGAAUGCUUCUGGAAAAAUCCUAAGACGAGAAUUAAGAGCGAUGUUGAAACAAAAACAAAAAAGCAAGCUUUAACUUUGCCAAAAAUAGAUAUUAUUAUAAUAAUGUAUGUGGGUAUGAGGCCAAUAAAAUAUUAUUUGUUGCA